AUGACAUCCCCCACCCGCUACAAACUCGUCUUCUUCACCCCACCCCAAUACCUCCCCGCCAUCAAAACCGCCAUCUUCGCCGCCGGCGCAGGCCGCUACCCAGGCCCUGGCGGCUACACAGAAUGCUGCUUCACAACGCCCGGUGUAGGGUCUUUCAAGCCGGGUGAUAGUGCAAACCCGCAUAUUGGGGAGCGGGGCAAGGUGGAAGAGGUCGGGGAGGUGAGGUGUGAGACGCUUUGUGUGGGGAGGGAGGUUGCUAGGGACGCCGUGGAGGCGUUGAAGAGGUCACAUCCUUAUGAAGAGCCGGCUUAUGAGGUUUAUAAGCUUGAGGACUUCUGA